GUGCUCUCGUAGCACUAGAUAAUCACUUCAGGGCUGCUUCUCACUUCAGGCUGGGAGAUUCUGCCUCAGUCACAGGGGUUUUAGGAGUUCCCACAAGUAGGGAAAAAAUGUCCCUUGCCUAGGGGCUUGAGAGUCAUAGAGCUCGGAAAAGACCCAGGGUUUUCCUGGGAAACCUGAUGCCCUCUCUCCUGCCUUAUUCUGAGCUCAGCCCCCUUGGGCGAUUGCCCCAUCCUAUCUCCUGAUCUAUGUACAGCAUUGACACCUCACAGGCUAGAGGGAGAUUACAGGAGAGCAGCCUCAUUGUGACCUAGAGACGACAUCAGCGCCUGCCUGUUGCCAGAGCAGCAACCUGCUCUCAGGUGUAGCCUGGGUACUUGGUGCUGCUUUGAGCGUAUCUGUGAUUCUUAGUGCCUGAGCCCGGCAAAAUGAGAUCACUCCUCCUCUUUCUCAACUCUGCCUCCUGCCUAAGGAUCCUGCUGCUCUUUCUUGUGUAUUAUGCUGUGAUCAGGCUUGCCAGAUCUGAGGCUUCUCCGAGGAAGAGGAGGCCCAGAAAGACAAAAAAGAAAGCGAAAGCUUUUGGAUGCUGUGAGGAAGAGUUGGAGGAGGCUGGUGCAUCCCCAGAGACGUGCUGCCCUGUGCCCCUGGAGAAGCUCCCCUUGGCUCAGCGCCUCAGGCUCGUUGAGAGGAGGGUACAGGACGUGGGCAGACACCUGGAUGCAGUUCUGAUACCGCCGAGUGUGGCGACAGCCGCGAUGAGCCAGUUCUCCUAUUCCGCUAUGGAAUCCACCACCUCUGCCCUCUGGAGUCCCAGCUCCUUUUCCCUGAGAGAAGCCGCCAUCAUUCAGUUGGAGCCCCUCUGCCACACAGGGGAGAUCAUGCCCUUCGCGAGCUGGGAAGGAUCCACUCAUCCCAUCCAAGCCCAGCCUCUCUCCAGGCCUCGUGCCCACAGCAGACAAGACCGGGGAGAGCAGACCAUGGGUCUGGACCAGACUUCAGUCCAUAGCUCAGAUUUCAACAUCCGGCAGAAGCAUCUGCAGAGGCGACUGGGGGCUCCACAAACCCCCAUCCCAGGAAAGCCAUUGCUGGGUGAGGGGGACACCAAGCAGCAAUUGGAAGUAGACCCAGAUCCGCACAAAUGUGGAUUUCCAGCAAAGGUCCCGGAGCCCUUCAGAUCCAACACCAGCCCUCAGCGUGCACAGGAGAUCCAGGAGCCAUGUGUCUGCCCCUGGGGACCCCUGCCCCAAAAGGCCCACAGGAUCAUGGCAUCCCCUGAUGCCAUCCUGGUCACGCUUGUGCCCACAGCGGUGGUCAAGCUGCAGGAUCACGUGGCUCAGAAAUACUGGCAGAUCCAAACGAAGGCCUUUCCUAAGAUGGUGCGAGAGUCGCACAGAGAUGCUCCCCUCCGGAGAGAGACUGCCCUGCCUGGGCCACUCCACCCCCCUAGGGAGCCAGGCAAGCACAGGAUAGCGGCAUUCCCAGCGAUGGGACAACAGCCUGCCCACCCCAUCGAACUCCACAUAAGGCAUCAGCAUCCGGUCAUGCAGAGGGGGCUGCUCACCCUGGACCCAGAGCCCCCGGCAAAGCUGCCUCAUGCCGUCCCAGCCAGGGGAGCCCGUGUGGAGUUCACUGAGAUGGAGACCGAUUUCCUGCAAACGGGGAGGCGAAGCACAAGCUCCUCUUCUUCCAAACGUCCUCCAACGCCAGUGGAAGAUAUCACCAUGGAGACGGGCAGGAAUGAUGGCGCGGCAGGAAAGCAGACUAACCCACAGCGCUGCACUCUGCCAGCAGGGGUCUCAGUUUGCCAGCAGUGCCGCAAGGCAUAUCCAGGAAAGAGGAAGGGUGAGAAAACUCCAAAGGAGACAUCUGCUGAGCUGCAUGGUGUUCGAGACAUCAUGCAUUCACAUGGGUUCAAUGGAACUGUGAAUUCAAAGCUCUCCAGGACCAGCCACCAAUCAGAGUCUGCGAAGUGUGUGGGCCCGGAAAGCAUGGGCUAA